GUGACUACGUCACCCCGGGGGCGCAGUAGGGAAGCAGUGUAUGGCUCUGCCCUGAGCUCAGGGGAAAGCAGCUGUAACAGCCUGUUGGGAGGAAGGAAACCUAAAGAGAGGGAUUACUUUAGCGGCGGGCGCGGGGGAUUGUUUCAUUUUCUGACUGAUUCUUUUGCAACAACAUUUAGAGCAUCCAAACGUCUGUCACUAACUGUCCACGGAUGACGGACCCGCGGGGGGGCUCUGUGAACGCGACCUGACCCUUCCCUCACUCACGUCUUUUGCACCUGAGAAAGGACCAGUCCUGCACGCGCCUCAGAGUGACACCACUUGCAGAGUUAAUCGCUGUCAUAUUGAAGUAGUGCUUGUGUGGAAAGGUGAACAACCGCAUCCCGGUGAAGAAAGUUAUAGCGCAAAAAGCGGCUACAUUUAGUGAGAGUUGGGGGGCGUUUUUAGUAAAUCACUAAUUAAUUCACCAGCUGCUCCCACACCCCCUUGCAGAAACACGUGUGCGACUAUCAAGUUCAUCUAUAUCCUCUCUUGAGUGGCGCAAUUGAUUGCAUUCUAUCAUUAAAGUCCUUCAGCGCAUAUCUGUGUAUCUUGACUUAUGAUGCCCAGCAUCCAUCACUCUUCUUUAGGAUAAAAACAUUUGUUUCUCAUCCAUAUGGUCUACUUUCAGCUUUUCUAUGCAAGUUGAAUUGUCCAGAGACUCUUAAGUUUUACAACUCCUCAUUUGUUGGGGAUCUAUUUGGAUUUUUGUAGACUUUUAGGACAGUGCAGCCGCCUCCAUGUCUAGUAUGGAAGGACUAUCGUUGAGUGAGGCUGAGCAGAAAUACUAUUCGGACCUCUUUGUUUACUGUGACACUGAAAGCACCAAGAAAGUGGCCUCUAAUGGAAGGGUGCUGGAGUUAUUUAGGGCCGCCCAGCUCCCCAGCGAGGUGUCCCUGCAGAUAAUGGAACUGUGUGGAGCAACAAGGCUUGGCUACUUUGGAAGAAGCCAGUUCUACAUUGCAUUAAAGCUUGUAGCAAUAGCUCAGUCUGGUUUGCCAUUAAGAGUUGAAAGUUUAAAUAGUGUAAAGGACCUACCUCUGCCAAAAUUUCUGGUGUCAAAGAACGAGUUAGACUCAAGACAUCCACACAAUGUAGAAGGAGAAAACUCUGCCUCUCACUCAGCAGUUAUCCCUCCUCCACCUGGAAGAGUACAAACCAAAAAAGGCUCUGUUAGCCAUGAUGUUACUCCGGCACGUGUUCCAGCAGAGCAACAGGAAUCAACAUCUCCAGUAGCUUCCCCUCAGCAGUCUCCACCUACAUCUCCUAAUUCGUGGAGGAAGCACAGUCGGCAUGCAAGUGGAGGCAAUAAUGAACGGCCUGUAACAGGCUCUGGGCCAUUUUGGACACCAUACAACGAAGCACAGACAGGUGGCUCCUCUGGUGAUGGGAUUUGGACUGCACAUUCUCCUCUUCCGCAACUGGAAAAUUGGGUCAGUUUUGCUGAUACUCCACCAAGCAGUGCUCUUUUAGCCAUGCAUCCUGCCUCUGUCCAGGAUCAAACUACAGUGCGCACUGUUGCUUCAGCCACCACAGCCAAUGAGAUACGUAGACAGUCCAGUAGUUAUGAAGAUCCCUGGAAGAUUACAGAUGAACAGCGACAGUAUUAUGUAAAUCAGUUCAAAAACAUUCAACCAGAUCUUAACGGAUUCAUCCCAGGAUCAUCUGCUAAAGAAUUUUUUACCAAGUCCAAAUUACCGAUUCCUGAAUUGUCCCAUAUAUGGGAGCUCUCAGAUUUUGACAAGGAUGGCGCACUUAUGGAUGAAUUCUGUGCAGCUUUUCACUUGGUUGUUGCAAGAAAAAAUGGUUAUGACCUGCCUGACAAAUUGCCUGAAAGCCUUAUGCCUAAAUUAAUAGAUUUGGAUGAUGCUGCUGCAGGCGAUCGGUCAAGUGAGGUAGGGAUUUUCAAGUUCACUGCAGAGGCUCCUCCUAGUAAAUCACCUUCUAUGCCAUCAUUGAACCAGACAUGGCCAGAGAUGAAUCAGAGCAAUCAACAGUGGGAGACAUUUAGCGAACGCUCUUCAAGCUCACAAACUCUGACCCAAUUUGAUUCUAACAUUGCACCAGCUGAUCCUGAUACUGCCAUUGUACAUCCUGUACCCAUUCGCAUGACACCAAGCAAAAUUCACAUGCAGGAAAUGGAGCUUAAAAGAACUGGAAGCGAUCCCGCCAAUCCUACAAGUCCCCUGCAAAUAAAUUCACAAGAACUCUCAGACGAUAGUAAUUUAAAUUCAUCUGUUAAGUUUGCUUCUGGAAAUGCAGUAGCUGAUGGUUAUAGCAGUUCAGACUCUUUCACUUCUGAUCCUGAAGAGGUUGAAAACGUGAUUACCAGGCAACGGUCUCAUUCAGGUACUUCUCCAGACAAUACUGCACCUCCACCUCCUCCCCCCAGACCUCAUGCCUCACAUUCACGUUCCUCAUCCUUAGAUAUGAACAGAACAUUUUCAGCCACAACAGGACAGCAACAAGCUGUAGCAGUUGCACAUCCUCCAGCUGUUCCACCUAGACCACUUCCCACACAGACAUCCGGUUCCCAUGCGAAUCGUUCUGUGGAAUCAGAAAAUAUAGUAACUAAUCCUAGCACUUCACCCCAGCAAAUUCCAGAGCAGCCAAACUUUGCAGACUUUAGUCAUUUUGAAGCUUUUGCAUCUUGUCCUACGGAGCAACCAGCUGAUGACACUGAAAAUCAAACAGAGAUUAUACAGGUUGAAAAACCACCUUCUGAUGCCACUAGAAGUGCCAAGAUAAAUGAUCGUGUUGAAGAUAAAGCAGUUACCACCAUCCCGGCUAAUACUGGAAAGGCCAGCACACCUCUUGCUCCUCCCCCAAAGCCUGUCCGAAGACGGUUAAAAUCUGAAGAUGAACUCAGGCCGGAGACAGAAGAACAUAAUCAGAAGCCAAGUGCUACAACUGUUGCUCCUCCCCAGCCAUCUAUUCCUCGAUCUGCUGGAAAAGACAAGAAAUCAAUACAGGCAUCCAUUAGACGGAAUAAAGAAACAAACACAGUUCUGGCCCGGUUAAACAGUGAAUUACAACAACAGUUAAAGGAUGUUCUUGAAGAGAGAAUUUCUUUGGAAGUUCAACUGGAACAGCUCCGACCUUUUUCUCACCUUUAAGCCAACUACUGCCAACUGUGAAUACAGCCUAAAUCAACCCAGACUUCCAGUGCUAUGUGAUUCAGCAUUAUAAUGUGGCUUUUUUACGUAUUGUCAUUUUAUAUAUGUUAUCCUAUAGUACAAAGAAAUGAUCUAUUACCCACAGAUCAUCCCCUUGUUAUCCUCUAAACUAGCAUACCCUGUAAACAGUAUAAAUCUCUAUCCAAUAUCAGUAAAUAAAGUGCAAUGUUAUUACAGCAAGGCAACUUCUUGACAAAUUUAAAGUAAAGCUACCUGCAUUCUGCAAUUACCGAUUUAGCUUUUAAAAUACUAACCCUCUUUUCAUAAACCCCAUAUGUGUGUGUCCAGCACCAACGCCUACAGUUUUAUUUUAUAAGAAUGAAUCUCCUUUAGUUUUAUUGCAAAAAAAUGAUGCCCUUUUUAUUAUCCAUGUUCACAGUCAGUGACUGUUCAACGCCUCCUGAAAUAAUAAGUUCCUUGAGGUUUCUGGGUUAUUCAUCUGGUCUGAAGAACUUUCUUCUUCAACAAAUAGGCUUUACUAAUAGCAACAAUCUCAGAGUGUAUCCUGGUAUUCAGGCUGAUGUACUGUACUAGCGUUUGUUUUAUAUUGUAUGAUACACACCUUUUGAUCUCAUAUGUAAAGUUACAUUGAAAACUGAUUAACAGCAAUUAUUGUAUUUAAUAGCUUAUUCUGGCUGUGGGAUCACAGAUGUUUGAACUGCAUGAAUGUCUCAGCAGAGUCAGAAAUAGCAAAUGUGUGAUUUUUACACCAAUAAAACAGCACAAUAUUUUAACUUUGA